UCUACCGAGUGCCCGUUCUAGUUGCAAAUGUAUUAAUUGUUGUACACGUAAAUAAAUACAAAUAUUCGUCUUGAAUAAUCCGGUGCAAGCGGAGCUCUCUCGGGUGUUUUAGGCCCAGCGUUUAGCACAACGUGUUCAGUCAGGCCUGCAGUGGGUGCAGCAGCCACAACCUUUUUUAAUAAGAGGACAGAAAGUGCCUGGAGAAAAAAUAAUAACAUGGAUGGGAGUGGCAGUAAAUGUCACAAUAAAAAAAAAGAAGAAGAAGAUAUCUUCUCAUAAUGAAUGCUGCACAGCCUCGUCGCGGCUGCAUACUUGUUUCCUGUCCGAGCACGUUGCCCUGGCACUGUCACCGGCGUGGGCUCAUACUUUGACUUCAUACACCUGCGCGAAAAAGAAGAAAGAAGAAAACCGACUCCAACAAGUCAGUUCUGUUCUGCUAAGCCGAGGUACAAAGCGGCUGUCGGGAGCUCGGAUUACUCAUUCUUUUUCAUCGCCGAGCCACAUAUCCACAGCAAAUAUCCCAGGAUGUAAAGAGCAGAAAGCUUUACUUCAAAGCUCCCACAAGGUCACCACGGAAAGUUUAAAUCGGAGAUGGACAGCUACCUGUCUCCUCACCAGCAGUACGCAGCCAACUCCAAAAUGCUGUGCAGGGACCCCGGGGCCCUGGUGCCGGAGCCGGCGCUCACCGAGGGCUUUGGCCCCCCGUACAGCGUCAACAUGAGCCUGCUGCUCCCGCCCGACGUCCCGUACCCGCACCCGGGUCUCAACCGGGCCGCCGCGAGACAGAUAAAAACGGAGCCGUCGCACACUCUGAUGCCGCCCAGCUGUCAGGGCCACAGAGCGCCAGCGCCGCCGCCGCUCCACGAGUACCCGGGUGGCUUCGGUGCAGCCGGCAGCAGGUUUUUCAUCAAACAGGAAGUGCCAGAUUACCAGGAUGUGCCCCUGUAUCAGCUUCUGAACUCCGACUUGGAGCAGCUUGUUCACGGGUCCCAGCUGAGCUCCGCCCCCACGGCCCCUUCAGGCCUUCCAAGCGGUCGCCCGGGACCCGCACAGAGUUCCGCCAAACCCACCGGCGGCCCCCGGUGUGACAGUUUGCCCUUUAACCCGCACCGGGGCCCUCAGCGGAGGCCGACCUAUCUGCCGCCCUCCCCGCCGAACUCCGACCCCCCGAGUCCGAGCGGGAGGAAGGAGCUCCUUCACAAUCUGUCCCCGCCUCCCUCCUACAAAACCAGCGUCGCCUCCAAGUCGACUUUUCAGGUCCGCCGAAAUCCCGCCGACCCGGGACGCGCGCCCGGCACGGCACCGGUCCAAAACCCGGACCAGAACUCCAGCAUCAGAUCAGUCCAAAGCCCGGGUUCCGCUAAGUACAACAGAAGGAAUAAUCCGGAUCUGGAGAGACGGCGGAUUCACCACUGCGACGUUCCAGGAUGCAGGAAAGUGUACACCAAGUCCUCUCAUCUGAAAGCCCAUCUGCGGACCCACACAGGAGAGAAACCGUACCAGUGCUCCUGGGAGGGAUGCGAGUGGCGCUUCGCCCGCUCCGACGAGCUGACUCGCCACUUCAGGAAGCACACCGGGGUGAAGCCCUUCCAGUGCGCCGCCUGCAGCCGCUGCUUCUCCCGCUCCGAUCACCUGGCCCUGCACAUGAAGAGACACCAGAGCUGAAGAGAAACAAACAACAACAACAACAAAAACAAAAACCUUUUCCUGCCAAAAGCACUACCGAGAUUUUUUUUUUGUCUUCUUCUUUUUUCUCAAGAACAGGCACUUCAAUAUCAACAAUUACAAACUGUGGAUUCAUUUUUUUUCUCUCUCUCUCUCUCUCUUUCUUCCAGCGGAGCGACACAUUGGUAGCGGUGCCGGCCCACACCGAAUAUGUUUUCCUUUUAUUGUGAAAAGAUCAAAAACAUGUCACCGUCGCCUUAUUUUGGUUUCCACGUGUGUGUGACCCCGAUACCGGGUCAGGUCCCAUCACUGGUCAGGUGUCACGGUGGAUUCAUGUUCAUGCGCCGCGGAGCACGCCGACAAGUUCAAGUUUGACUAUACAGAUCAUAUCAACGCGGUGUCAAUUAUUUAAUUAACGGGAAAAAAAGAAUAUAUGGCAAAGUGGAUGUGGGGUCACUGGAAGGUCAGAGAAUGUGUGGUUUUAGCCAGCUUGGUCAAAGGUGGGUGUGUGUGUGUGUUAUCGGAAGAACAGCAGCUACGUGUGGAUUUAUUUAAAGACCCCGUAGGAGAGAUAAAUAGUGGGAGGAGCCGCGUGGCACUGCCAGGUUUAUGGGUUCACUUUUGCCACCGAGGACAACGAUCCACAUUUUCUCAAAAGCAGUCAAAUGACAGUGUGAUGACGGGUUUGAUGUUUUUGUGUUUUGGCGGUGUGAAUGUCCCGUAGCUACGGCGAUGCGUCUUCACACAACCUGUUGAAUCUCCUCCAGGCACAGGCGCACAAGUGAAUCUUAAAUGGUGCAUUUUGGGGAUUUCAGGAUUUUUUUUUCUUCUUCUUCUUCAACUUAUUCACUUUUGUCUAAGAGGUUUUUUUUGUAACUUAUUUGGACGGGGCUUGUUUGUUGACUGCACGCUGAAAGGUGGAGGAGGAGCAGCUCCAAGUGCAGCCUGACAUGCCGGCAGCAGCUGCCAUGACAGACUUCAAACUUUUAUAACAGGAUCCUCAUAUGACUGAUAUGUCUUCAUGAAUGCUUCCACAGGGAUGUCUUUUCUCUUUCCUUUUUUAGAGACGCAGACUGAGCACCUGCCAGCCUGAACAUCUGUGUGUAGCUUUUGGUUUCUUUGACUGCUCCACGUAUCCAAAACAGCCUUUUAAGUGCCUUUAACAGUUUGUUUUCUGGUUUUUUUUAAUUAAGGGUGGGGGGAUAUAAUACCCAGCGGCCCCAUUGGGACGACGUGCUUUUAUCAGGUACUCUGCUUAAAUUAAUUGUGUGUGUUGACUGCCCCCCUUCCCCCUCUCAUUACCCACAUAUAGCAAUCUCUAUUUAUGACCAACUUUCUUUAAAAUCUGAUUCAGGUCGAACAAAAU